AUGAAGACACGCUUCCCAGGCUCGAUUUAUGAAGUCUGUAUUGUUUUCGUUCUCUGCGAAAUUCACACGGAAACGAGCUUCACAGGCACCGAGACACGAUUGAAAUGGGUUGAGACGUUCACGGAUUCCGAAUGUAAUCAUGAUUAUACUCAUUUGAAAGGUCUGAACGAGCUGAUUCUAAAAACACAAAUCGACGAAAGCGACGAGGAAGCCGAGUACAAGAAGACCCAGCAGAAAGGAUACUAUGAGGAGCAGGAGGAGAUUCGAAAAAGUCUGGCCGCUGCAAUCAAUCUGGGCGAUGAUGAAGACGAUGAGGAUAUUCUGAAAGAGAGAAAGAAGACGUCGAAAGAACUGGAAGAUGAGGAUAAUGAUUUCUAUGAAUGGAUGAAGUCGGAGGAUGGAAAGGCUGAUAAGAAGAAGGCCAAGGAGUUGAAACAUCUGAAAAAGUUCUGGAAGGACGAUCAAAAGCUGGAUGAAUCUGAGAAAUUCCUUCGUGAUUACUUGCUCAACAAAGAUUAUGAACCGGGAGAGAACGAAGAAAAUCCAACAUACGAUGAAAUUGUGGCGUUAGAGGAGGAUGAGAAGGAGCUCGACAAGAAUCGGCAGUACGAGCAGAAGUAUAAUUUCAGAUUCGAGGAUCCUGAUCAAGAAUUCAUCAAACAAUAUCCACGUACCGUCGCUGAAUCAAUGAGAACCGACGAUUCGUCUCGAAAAGUGAAGCGACAUGAAAGAGAAGAACGAAAGAAGAAAGAGAAAGAGGAGAAGAAACGAGAAUUGGCUGAACUCAAAAAGAUGAAACGAUCUGAAAUUGAGCAGAAACUCGGAAAGCUUCGAAAAGCGGCUGGUGUGGAUAUUCCAUUGACACUUGAUGAGUUGAAUGCUGACUUUGAUCCAAAAGAAUUCGAUAAGAAAAUGAAGUCGAUUUUCAAUGAUGAGUAUUAUGGAGUAGAGGAGAAUAUUCAAGAGGAUGAGGAUGAAAAGCCGGUGUUUAGUGAUAUAGAUGACACAGACUUCGAGGACUAUGACAAUUUGGAUGUGGAAGAACUCAAAAAGAAGGGCGUUCAUGAGGAUGAAGGGGACGAUGAGGAGGAGGAAGAAGAAGAAGAUGUUGAUGAGGAGGACGAGGAGGAGGAAGAAGAGAAGCCGAAAACUAAAAAGUCAGCAAUGAAAAACGGAUAG